AUGAGCGACACGAGUAAAGAAGUGAAGAUUGUCGACGGCGGCGUUGCCGUCGACAACAACGCCACGUAUCCCGAUGUGCGCCCUGGCUCGAUCUCUGAGAAUGCCGACAGCCUACAACGUCGACUCAACAACCGUCAAAUCCAGCUCAUUGCAAUCGGUGGCUCCAUAGGCACUGCCUUGUUCGUCAGUAUCGGUGGUGGUCUGGCAAGAGGUGGCCCUCUCAGCUUGCUCCUCGCCUACACCGUUUACUCCUGCAUGUUGGGUUUGGUCAAUAACUGCAUGGCUGAGAUGGCCACCCUGCAUCCUGUCAGCGGUGGGUUCGUCCGCAUGGCCGGCAAAUGGGUUGACGACGCCUUCGGCUUUAUGGCUGGAUGGAAUUUCUUCUUCUACGAAGCGCUCUUGAUCCCUUUCGAGAUCACGGCGCUUAACCUGGUCUUGUCAUUCUGGAGGGAUGAUAUCCCUACUGCUGCCGUCUGCGCCGCUUGCAUCGUGCUUUACGCACUUAUAAAUAUGCUGGCUGUGCGAGGCUACGGAGAGGCCGAGUUUUGGCUUUCAGGAGGCAAAGUCUUCCUUAUUGCCAUUCUCUUCUCCUUCACAUUCGUCACAAUGGUCGGCGGUAACCCUAAGCACGACGCUUACGGCUUUCGUUACUGGAAACAUCCUGGACCGAUGGCCGAAUACCAUACCACGGGAAGCCUAGGCCGCUUUGAAGGUCUCCUUGCAGCCCUCUGGAGUGCGUCGUUCACGGUCGUGGGACCCGAGUAUAUCGCCAUGGUGGCCGCGGAAGCCAAGCGACCUCGCAUCUACAUCAAGAAUGCGUUCAAGACGGUCUACUGGCGAUUCGGUAUCUUCUUCAUCCUCGGCGCCCUUUGCGUCGGCAUCGUGGUGCCCUAUAACGACCCUACCCUCGUGGCCAUACUGAACGGCGACCAAUCCGGUGGUGGCACUGCAGCCGCGUCUCCGUAUGUCAUCGCGAUGAAAAACCUCGGGGUGUCGGUUCUUCCGCACAUCACCAACGCGCUCAUGGUCACGUCGAUCUUCUCCGCGGGCAACACAUAUACCUACUGCGCGACGCGCAGUCUAUAUGGCUUAGCUCUGGAAGGACGGGCGCCAAAGUUCCUGACCAAGUGUACUCGCAAGGGUGUGCCGAUCUUUGCGUUCAUGAUCGUCAUGUGCUUUCCGCUGUUGUCAUUCCUCCAGGUAUCAAGCGGCUCGUCUCAGGUUCUGACAUGGCUUGUCAACCUGAUCACGGCUGGCGGUAUUAUCGACUAUAUCGUGAUGAGCGUGACGUACAUCUGUUUCUACAACGCUUGCAAAGCGCAAGGGAUCGAUCGCAACGCGUUUCCCUACACCGGAUGGUUCCAGCCUUACUGCGCCUACAUCGGAUUGGCGUGGAUGUGCAUGAUCGUGACCUUCUACGGUUACUCGUCCUUCACGCCAUGGGACGUCGGGACCUUCUUUUCCUACUACACAAUGGUGAUUGUGGCGCCCAUCUUGUUUGUCGGGUGGAAGGUGAUCAAGCGUACCAGGGUCGUGCGACCCCAUGAGGCAGACCUUGUAUGGGAGAGGCCAAUCGUCGAUGCGUAUGAGGCUUCAUUCGUCACUCCUCCAGUGGGAUUCUGGACCGAGAUGCUGCAGCUGGUCGGCAUGAAGCGGGGUAUCAAGGACGUGCGGCGGGAGUCGAUAUGA